AUGGGGCCCAAGGCGACCGACAUCCAGGGCGCGGCGCAAUCGUCGAGCUUCGCGGCAACCUCGUCUAUCUCAGCCACAGUGCGGGGACGUGGUGGUGACCUGGGCGGCGUCAGAGGCUUAAAGGCGAUUGCCGCGGCUGAGAGCACCGACGUCAUCUCCCCGCAGGGCGAGGAGGACAAGAUGGGGGAGUACAUCAAGAGCCGGGGUGGAUCUCUUCCUAUCCGAAAGAUUCUGAUCGCCAACAACGGUAUGGCGGGUACGAAGGCUAUCCUGUCAAUGCGGCAGUGGUGCUACCUAGAGCUGGGGGACGAGAAGGCCGUGGAGUUCGUCGCCAUGGCGACCCCGGAGGACCUUCUCGCGAACGCGGAGUUCAUCCGCCUGGCGGAUGCCAUCGUAGAGGUCCCUGGGGGAAAGAACAGCAACAACUACGCUAACGUCGACCUCAUCGUCGACACCGCCAUCAAACAGGGCGUGGACGCGGUGUGGCCCGGGUGGGGACACGCCUCGGAGAACCCCCAGCUGCCCACCCGCCUGACGGACAACGGCAUCAAGUUCAUUGGCCCCACCGCCCCGGUGAUGUCGGUCCUCGGGGACAAGAUCGCCGCGAACAUCCUCGCCCAGACCGCCAAGGUGCCGUCCAUCCCGUGGAGCGGUGACGGGCUGGAGGCCAAGCUGACUGAUGAGGGCACCAUCCCGGACGAGACCUUCCGGAAGGCUCAGGUGACCACCCUGGACGAAGCCCUAGCUGCCGCCAACCGCAUCGGCUACCCCGUGAUGGUGAAGGCCUCGGAGGGAGGCGGAGGAAAGGGCAUCCGGAUGUCGCACAGCGAUGAGGACAUGCGCUCUCACUUCGUGCAGGUUACCAACGAGGUGGUGGGCUCGCCCAUCUUCCUCAUGCAGCUGUGCUCCGGAGCGAGGCACAUCGAGGUGCAAAUCAUCGGAGAUGAGCACGGCCAGGCCGUCGCGCUCAACGGCCGCGACUGCUCCACGCAGCGCCGCUUCCAGAAGAUCUUCGAGGAGGGACCCCCCACGAUCGUGCCGCCGGCCAUGUUCAAGGAGAUGGAGCGCGCUGCGCAGAGGCUCACCCAGAACAUCGGCUACCGCGGCGCGGGGACGGUGGAAUACCUGUACAACCCUGAGUCCAACAGCUUCUUCUUCCUCGAGCUUAACCCUCGACUUCAGGUGGAACACCCCGUGACGGAAGGGCUCUCGCUGGCGAACCUGCCUUCGAUUCAGCUCCAGGUGGCGAUGGGCAUCCCCCUGAACGAGAUCCCCGACAUCCGCGGGUUCUACGGCAAGGCGGACCGGUACGGCCACGAUGCCAUCGACUUCAUGACCGAGGACUACGCUCCCAUCCGCAACCACAUCAUCGCGGCCCGCAUUACCGCAGAAAACCCGGACGAGGGCUUCAAGCCCACCUCGGGCACGAUCGAGCGAGUGAAGUUCCAGUCGACGUCCAGCGUGUGGGGUUACUUCUCCGUCGGGGCCAACGGCGGCAUCCACGAGUUCGCCGACAGCCAGUUCGGGCACCUCUUCGCCUCCGGAGCGACUCGCGAGGCCGCCCGCAAGAACCUCGUGCUGGCCCUCAAGGAGAUCGAGGUGCAAGGCGAGAUCCGCACGACUGUGGAGUACUUGGUGCAGCUUCUGGAGACGCCUGAGUUCAAGGAGAACAGCAUCGACACCUCUUGGCUGGACGGCCUCAUCGCUGCCAAGUCGGUGGGAGUGGAGUUCGAGGCGCACUCUGUGGUGACGUGCGCAGCUCUCUACAAGGCCUUCACUUUCUGCAAGCAGGAGAUGAAGCGCUACCUCGGUCAGCUUGAGAAGGGACAGACCGGUCUGAUCGGGCUGAAGGGCAUGAACAGGUUCCCCGUGGAGAUCUCGUAUGAAGGAGUCAAGUACUCCUUCACCGUACACAGGCAGGCGCCCGACGCCUUCACGCUCUCCAUCAACGGGCAGGACUUCCCCGUGAAGGUGCGCGAACAGAAGGACGGACGCCUGAUCGCCAACUUCCAGGGAACGAGCCGCCUCAUCUUCGGGCAGGAGGAGGCCAUGGGCCUGCGGCUGCAGCUCGACGGAAAGACCGUGGUUCUUCCCAACAUCUUUGACCCCAGCGAGCUGCGGUCGGACAUCACCGGAAAGGUCGUCCGGUUCCUCCAGGAGGACGGCGCGGACGUUGCCGCCGGGGAGCCUUUUGUGGAGGUGGAGGCGAUGAAGAUGAUCAUGCCGCUCAAGGCCACCGAGUCCGGAAAGAUAAACCACGAGAUGUCCCCCGGAUCCAUCAUCGCAGCCGGGGACCUCCUCGCCUCGCUGCAGCUUGCGGACCCCUCCCGCGUGAAGAAGAUCCUGCCCUUCACGGGGCAGCUGGACCUCAAGACCGCCGAUGCCGACGCUGGUGACGAUGUCGACAGCAUGAUCCAGAAGCUCGACAUGGCCAUGCAGGGCUUCGAGCUGGACUUCGAGCCCGUAGUGGCCCGGCUGUUCAACGUGUGCGAGGACGCGGCGAAGCUCGACCACGCCGUGCUCACCCUGGUGCAGAGGUACCUGUCUGUGGAGCUGCUGUUCGCCGGCAAGGCUAACGAGGACGCGGUCAUCGCCGACCUCAUCAAGGCCCACAAGGACGACCCCGAGUUUGUGGUCAACACGGAGCAGGCUCACCAGGCCCUCCCGUCGCGCACCCGGCAGCUGAACUCUUCUCUCCGCGCUCUCCUGCGCUUCGCCGACCAGACCGGCGAGUGGCGCCCUAGCGAGGAGCUGUCGGCGGGCUUGGAGGCGUUGUCGAAGCUGGAGGGACAGAUCUACGGAGAAGUGUCGAUUGAGGCGGGCAACAUCCUCCGCUUCGCCGAGGCCGCUCCCUUCGAGGGACGACUGUCUGCUCUCCGCAAGGAGCUCGGGUCGGUCAGCCCCGCCCAGCUGGCCGGUUCUCCAUCCCUCUCCGUCGGUGUGGACCUGCUGACGUCACUCUUCAACGAUGAGGACCCCGCAAUCCGUGCGGCCGCGCUGGAGACGUACAUGCGCCGGGUGUACCGCGCUCACGAGAUCCUGGACAUCUCGGUGGACACGAGCGGGGCGGAGAUGGUCGUGGACUGGUCCUUCCGCUUCAGGGACACUUCCCCGGACGAUUCGCCGAUCCGCUACGGGCACCUCUCCGUGCUCCCGGAUAUGGCGAGCCUGACCAGUGAAAAGGUGGCGGAGCUGACCAAGAUCAUCCAGGACGUGAAGGACGCGGACACGGGCAAGGGCACAGACGGGGAGGCGGUCAACGUCCUGCACGUGGCCCUUAUGAAGUCUCCGGAGUCGAUGGCGCACGAGGAAGGUGCCGUCGCCGACGUAAUCGCCCAAUGCGAAGCCGUCUUCCAGAGGAACCAGGCCGCCCUCAAGAACGCCGGCGUGCGCAUGGUGAGCCUCCUCUUCCAGACCGACGGCGCGAGGCAGCCCCGCUACCUCUCGUUCCGAGAGUGCAUGGACUACAAGGAGGACCCCGUCCGCCGCGACAUGCGCCCGUCCUUCCCCUACAUCUUCGAGCUGGGCCGGCUCGACGUGAACUACAAGCUCGAGCGCCUGCCCACCGUCGGCCGCAACAGCCAGAUCUACCUCGGCGUAGAGCGUGGCGGAGCGCUCAAGCGCGCCACCCCGCAGACUCUGUUCCUCAGGGCCAUCUCGCACCGCCCGGAGACGUACACCAUGGAAGGUGCUAACCAGGCUCUGCUGAUGGCCAUGGACGAGCUGGAGCGAGCGAUGCUCGACUCGAGGGUGAACCCGGCGUGCUCCUCCCGCAUCUUCCUGCACAUGAUGCCCGAGCUCAACGCCGUGCCCAGCGACGUGGUUGCGGAAUGGAAGAACGUCAUGGACACCAUGAUCUCGAGGCACGCGACCCGCCUGCUAAAGCUGCGGGUGGACGAGAUCGAGGUCAAGGCGCGCAUCUCUCCCGACGGGAGCAGCGGGAAAAUCACCCCGGUCCGCCUGAUGGCGAGCUCCAUGUCCGGCCAAUGGCUCCGCGUGGACGGCUUCCAAGAGUACCCCGACCCCAUCACCGGCGUCACGAAGCAGUGGUGCUCCCUCACUCAGGGAGGGGACAUCUGCAUGCUCAACCCCUACCCCGCCAGCAACUCCGUCCAGAUCCGCCGCGCCGCCGCCCGCCGCAUCGGCACGACAUACGCCCCUGACUUCCUGGGGCUCAUGGAAGUGGGACUGAUCGGCAUGUGGAGCGAGUUCCUGUCGGAGCUGAAGGACGCAGCUGGCGCCUCUGGUACCCCUGCCUUCACGUCCAUGCCUGGGCAGCUCUUCGAGUCGGACGAGCUGGUCCUACAGUCAGACGGCACCCUCCAGAAGCAGUUCCGGGUGGUCGGCACCAACAAGGUCGGCAUGCUCGCCUGGCACGUGAUGAUGCGGACGCCCGAGUACCCCGAGGGCCGCGAGAUCGUCAUCAUCGCCAACGACGUCACCUUCCAGUCCGGCUCCUUCGGAGUUGCCGAGGACGACUUUUUCCUGGCUGCCUCCGAGUACGCCCGCAAGCUGGGCCUCCCUCGCAUCUACAUCUCGUCCAACUCCGGGGCACGCAUCGGCCUCGUCGAGGAGCUCAAGCCCAAGUUCAAGGUGGCAUGGAAUGACGAGUCGAACCCCGCCCAGGGCUUCAAGUACCUGUACCUCAGCGCGGAAGACUACGAGGCUCUCGAGGAGGGCACCGUUAUCGCGCAGGAGGUGGUGGAGGGGGGAGAGAAGCGUUACGCGCUCACGGACAUCAUUGGGCAGGUGCACGGCAUCGGGGUGGAGAACCUUCGCGGUUCGGGCAUGAUCGCCGGGGAGACGUCUCGUGCCUACGACGAGGCAUUCACGCUGUCGUACGUCACCGGGCGCUCCGUGGGCAUCGGCGCUUACCUCGUCAGGCUUGGCCAGAGGACAAUCCAGAUGAGGAACGGCCCGAUCAUCCUGACCGGUUUCUCCGCCCUGAACAAGCUCCUUGGAAGGGAGGUGUACACCUCGCAGGACCAGCUGGGAGGACCCCAGGUAAUGCACCCGAACGGCGUGAGCCACCUGGAGGUUGGCAACGACCAGGAGGGCGUGGAUAGAAUCCUGCAGUGGCUGUCGUACGUGCCCAAGACCGCCGGUUCACUGCCGGUCGCCCGGCCCGUCACUGACCCCGUCGAGCGCGAGGUUUCGGUUUACCCGACGAAGGCGCCGUACGACCCGCGUGACCUUUGCCGCGGAAAGGUCGGCAGCGACGGUUCCAGCUGGGUGCCCGGGUUCUUCGACCGCGGUUCUUACCAGGAGUACCUUAGCGGGUGGGGCAAGUCGGUCGUCGUUGGAAGGGCGAGGAUCGGCGGUAUCCCCAUGGGCGUCAUCAACGUGGAGACUCGCCUCAGCGAGCAGAUCAUCCCCGCGGAUCCUGCCAACCCCGACUCGAGAGAGGUUAUCCAGGCCCAAGCCGGACAGGUGUGGUUCCCGGACUCUGCCUACAAGACGGCCCAGGCGAUCAACGACUUCAACCGUGGGGAGAACCUACCCCUCAUGAUCUUCGCAAACUGGCGCGGAUUCAGCGGCGGGACUCGCGACAUGUAUGGCGAGAUCCUCAAGUUCGGCGCGCAGAUCGUGGACGCCCUGGUGGCCUACAAGCACCCGGUGUUCGUGUACAUCCCGCCCAACGGAGAGCUGAGGGGGGGAGCCUGGGUGGUUAUCGACCCCACCAUCAACGAUCAGGCUCGUGCUCACCGUGUGAUGGAGAUGUACGCCGACGCGGAGUCGCGGGGCGGCAUCCUGGAGCCUCCGGGCAUCUGCGAGGUUAAGUUCAGGGCCGCCGACCAGAUCACCAAGAUGCACGAGCUGGACCCUAUCCUUCAGGGGCUGGACGGCGACGUGCCGAUGGCGGGAUCGGAGGAGGACGAGCAGGCCCUCAAGAAGCAGAUCAAGUCUCGCGAAAACGCGCUCUUGCCCAUGUACCUCCAGGUCGCUCACGAGUUCGCGGACCUGCACGACCGGUCCGGGCGCAUGAAGGCCAAGGGUGUGGUGCGCGACAUCCUGGAGUGGAAGACCUCCCGCGAGUACUUCUACUGGAGGGUGAAGCGCCGCCUGGCCGAGAACGGCGUCCGCAAGAUGUUCAAGGACGCCGACCCUUCCAUGUCCUUCGACGACACCACCAAGCUCAUGCAGUCGCUCUGCCCUGACUGGGAAAACGACAAGGCCGUGCUGGACUGGGUCGAGUCGGACCAGUCUUCCCUCAAGGAGUACCUCGCCGGCCUCCGCAGCGACGCGGUCCGGAGGGAUGUCGCCGCUAGCCUCUCAACGCUCACCCCGGAGCAGAAGGCCAAGGUGUUGGAAGGCCUCUAAGGCUAAAGCCGACCCUUGGUGUUUUCUCGUGGUACGUAGAUCUUGCUUUUUUAUUGUUUCUGCGGUGUCUUCCGUUCCGAAACCCCGUUGGUUACAUUCACGAGAAAGUCUUAGAGGUGUGCAUUUGCUUGGGGUGAUUGGUCGAGAAUGGCGUGUUCGGCUUCGACCUCACGCCGCGUGAUCCUGGACGGCAUGGUCCGGUAGGCAGGGGGCUCUCAUAGCCGUGCAUGCGGUACCGCAGUAAUCGCUAGACCGCUAUUGACCUCGCAUCCCUAUAAAUCUGGAUGAGCACGCCAGGUUUCCACCCGAACAGACUAGCACACCGCCAAGACAGACUAGCACAUACCCAAGACGGGGGGAGGAGUUAGACGGCCCUUGUUAGGUUGUAGUGUAGCGUGUGCGAGAGUUCGCUUCCACGGGAGGCUGGCAUUGUGGCAGCAGGCCCAAGAGGAAAGGAGGGGGGGUUCGAGAUGGGUCGGCCAUCUGGCCACAGGGUUGCUUCGCGAGCGGGAGCCGGUUGGGGCGGGCGCCCGUCAUGGCGUUGGCUGUCGUGGUGGAGGUGGAUGUUUGUUGGUCGAGUGGGGUUGUUGGUCCACCCAUCAGCGGGUUUUAGUUUGAGAGAGGCGGCGCCUGUUGUUUCGGUUUGUGCGGUGGACGGGCUGCUCUCUUCGAAAAAGUGACCCCGCCCGUAGUCGAUUAUACCGGUCUUUUUUUUUUUUCUGGUCUGGAACCAGAGCACCCGCGGCCACCCUGGGGGGUGGCGUGCUUGUCGUCUUGUUUUGGUAUGUUUGUGUUGGGGGUGCGUUCCAUAUCUCGCCAUCUGUCAGCCCUGGUCUCUGCUUAGGGUUAUUAGUCGUUAUUUUUUGUCUCUUUGACAUUUAAUCUUUCCUCCGAUUGGAAAAGCGGCGGGGGAUUGGGGGGCUACUGCCGAACGCAACAUCAUUUUUUUUGUGUGUGUGUAUUGGCUCGAUUGUUCUGGCUUUUUCCGCAGUGGUAGGGGUGCAAACGAAACUACUCGCGGUUGGAUAAUUGGUGUCCAGUGGCUCCAUUUGUCUUUUUCCGAACGCAAGAGGGCAGGUUGCUCUCGCUUCCCAGCUAUCUCUCUCUCUCUCUUGGUCGGUCGCCACCUUUAAGUGCGCCUCACACUGGGACCAAAGUUCCGGGGGAACGAACCGGUAGAAAUUCCGCCGCGUUUUCCGGUAUUGAAGGAGGGGCCGGCCGGUCCCCAAGCCGCGCCACACGAGGGGGAAUUAUUGUAAACUUUUUUGUGCCGGAUUUGGUGAGUGCCUUGUUGCAUCCACCGCCUGGACGGAGAGGGGGCGCUCCAGCAAUGCUCUUCGAUCGAGGCUGUGUUUGCGGGCCGCGGGGGUGGGGGGCUAGGUUAGAACCUGAG